AUGGACAAAUCAAAAGAACCUUCUGAAUCAAUCCACACUUCUGAAGAAUACUCCGACCAUGAAAAAUUGUACAUCAUCAAUGAAGAAGGUCUAUUGGAAUACGAGCCUUCCAAUCCUGACAAACCAGGAAACUGGUCCCAGAAGAAAAAACUAUAUCACACCGUACUUUUCGGCCUCACCACUUUUGCUGCUCAACUAGACUCCACCGCCAUGUCAACCGCCUCUUUCUCCACCCUUAUUAACGAAGAGUUCGGGAUAGAAAGAGAAGUUUCAUUGCUCACAUCCUCCCUCUAUAUCUUGGGGAUCGCCCUAGGACCAAUGGUGUUUGCUCCCCUAUCUGAAGUUUACGGUCGUAAAAUCGGAGUGUUAAUUCCAUUUCUAUGUUCUGCCAUAUUCACGUUCGCAGUGGCUACUUGUUACAACGUCCCCAGCUUGAUGAUUUUCAGAUUUUUGUCGGGGUUUUUCGCAGGAGCGCCAAUUGUGUCGGCUGGGGGAGUAUUGGCUGAUUUGUACCCUGAUGCUUCGGUGCGUGGGAAAUAUUUUGCAGUGUACGCGUUAUUUGUCUCUAUGGGACCAAGUUAUGGGCCAACCAUCGCAUCGUUGUUGAUGUAUAGUGAAGAUAAACCGUCAGCAUGGAGAAUCCCUCAAUAUUUUUCAGGGUUGUUGAAUGUGGUGUUGUUUGUGAUAUGUGAAAUAUUACUUGAUGAAACUUAUGUCCCAGUGUUGUUGCAAAAACAAGCGAAAAAAAUGAGAAUCCAAGAAAAUAAAUGGGAGAUUCAUAGUCGUCUUGAUAUGUGGCAGUUGGAUUUCAAAGACCUUGCUUCAGUACAUUUAGUCAGACCUUUUGCAAUGUUGGUUACCCCGAUCGUGUUCACCAUCACCCUUUUCGCCAGUUACGUUUACGGGGUAUUCUACUUGAUCAUCACCACGAUGCCCGAAUCAUUCACCCUCACCAGAGGUUGGGAAGGCACUAUUUCGACUUUACCCAACAUUUCCUUGUUUAUUGGGGUGGUCAGCGGGUGUGUUGCCAACAUGUUCUGGGCGAAAAAAUACGGGAUACUCUUGAGAGCCAACAACUUCAAACCGAUUCCUGAAGAACGGUUCCCGAUUCUCAUGUAUGGAGCCUGGUUGAUGCCCACUGGGAUUUUCAUUUUUGCUUGGACUUCGUCGCCAAAUAUACAUUGGGUCGUGCCGUGUAUUGGGAUUUCUUGUAUUGGGUUCUCCUUUAUUCUCAUUUUCCAAGGAAGUUUGAAUUAUUUGGUCGAUACUUACACCAAGUACUCUGCUAGUGCCAUUGCCUGUGCCACGUUCUUAAGAUCGAUUUUCGCCGCCAGCUAUCCAUUGUUCGCCAAACAGUUGUUUGUUAAUCUCGGAGUGCACUGGGGUGCUAGUGUCAUUGGAUUUAUUGCUUUGGGGAUGGUUCCUAUUCCCUUUGUGUUCUACAAGUAUGGCGCUGCCAUCAGACAGAAAAACCCAUAUAAAGGGGUAUAG